GCAAUUGAUAUGCCAAAUUGCCCGUCGACGUUUUGUGUAACCAAAAGUGGAGAUAUGAGGGCGAACUCGUCUUCCAUCUAAUUGUUACGUGUUUUUUUCGACGUCCGUACUGAGAAUGUGAAGAGCCUGCAUAAAUUAAGUCCUUUGAGAAUGUUCUGUUGAGCUCAUCGCGGAUUAUCUGUUCGAAGAAGUGAAAUGAUUGUUCUGAAUUCAUCAUUCGAUCUGUGAUCUUUUUUCAAAUUUGCUUUUGACUCGCAGGGGGGAUAUUUAAUUACAGUCAGAUUGCGGUCAUUGCCUGCUUGUAAAUUGGCAAUAGGACGCAGAACGGGAGUUGUUCAGGAGCUUAAGGCUGCAGAUGCGUGAACCCAAUGAAGCAACAGGACUCAACUCGAGACCGCAAUCCUGCGGAUCGGACUAAUAGGCCAAGCACGCUUUUGUCCGCGGACGAAAAUGAGCAGGUCUUCUCUUUGCUGGGGCGGAAAUGUCAGACUAUGUGUACAGCUGUUGCCCAGGUCUACCAGACCGAGGGCACGUCCCAUUCUAUUUGGAAAAAGAAACAUACUGGCGCACUCUGUUUUGUUCGGGACUCAUCGAAACGCUCCUAUUUUAUGCGAAUGUACUGCCUUUUAAAAAAUGAACUUGUAUGGGAACAUGAAAUCUAUGACUCCGUCAAUAUAACAAAAGCCAGACCAUACCUUUUGACUUUCGAGGGACAGGAUGGCAACGUUGGGCUCAAUUUCGCAUCGGAAGGGGAGUGCGACUCCUACUACAAAAUCGCCGUCACAAUGGAAGAGCGCAGCCGUAAACGACAAGAACGUCGGGUUCGGUCACGCGGACAAGCAGCUGCUCCUUCGACCGCUCAGCCGGUUGAGACGGAAGAGCAAACGAAAGUAACAUUACGAAAUCAUCCACAAAUAUCGUCUGUUAGUAUCACACCUAGUGCCAAUACGUCGCCUUUGAAACCACUUGGAAACUUAGAUAAAAAAUCUAAAAAACGAGGAAGAAAAUUUACAAAAUCGGAUAUUAGUAAUCCAACAAAUUUCAUCCAUGUCAGUCAUGUAGGUUGGAACGCUCAAAAAGGAUUCGAUAUGGUCGGGAGCGAAGAUGAUGAAAUGUUGAAAAACUUCUUCACAAAAGCUGGGGUUUCCGAUAAAGAGUUAAAGGAUAGAGCAACAAGAGAUUUCAUUUAUGACUUUGUCAAGAAUCAUGACGUGUUGGCUUCAGUUAAAUCAGAACGAGUAGAAAAAUCGAGGGCGCCUGCUCCGCCACCGGUUCCAACAAGACAUCCAGCUCAGCAGACAACACAAAAUGGUUCGCAGCGAUCCGCUCCGCCACCACCACCUGCUAGGCAACCUCCACCGCCUCUUCCAACGACUACUCCCCCCACGCGCGGUCCACCUCCAAGUCGACCACCUCCUAUUAGCGGAAGUAAUCCCUCUUUCGCUUCUCCAGCUUCUGUGCCUCCUCCACCACCUCCACCGCCACCAGCGCCCCAGCUUGCAGUUGUUCCACCUCCACCUGCUAUGCCACAGAAGCCUCUAACCGAUGAUUCCGGCUCUAGCUCUUUGCCAGUGCUCAGCCCGAAUGAUCCCCGUAAUGCUCUAAUGGAAAGCAUACGGAAAGGAACUACACUGAAGAAAGUUGAUCAAAGUGCGCUUAGCACAGGUAGUGGUGACUCUCGUAGUGAUUUGAUGUCUGAAAUACGUCAAGGAAUUGAACUUAGACCAGUGGAAAGUCGUGAAUUGCCACCGGCAUCAAACAGAAGUAGUGAAAAUAGUGGAACAGAUGCUUUAGCCGAUGCCUUAAGACGUGCCCUGCAAGACCGCGGUCGUGCAAUUCAUUCAUCAGAUGAUGAUUCCGACGAGAGUUCCGACAACGACGGUGAAUGGGAAGACUAAAUAGCUUAAGGAUAACUACAGGACUUCGAGUUUGCGGCAAAUCGUGCUCGAAUGAUUAGAAGUAGAGUAAAACUUCUUUGUCAUUAGAGCCAAAGUAAGGAAAUUUAAUGCUUUCGUUUAUUGUUUGGCGCGCCAUUAUCAAUGAAUGGGACGUAAAGUAAUGUAUAACGAAAGAAUAUUACUCGAUGCACGAUAAGCCUUAAAGUCAACGAUAUUCAUAACCUUUUUUUAUUACUAUCCCUUUUAUUACUUUACGUUGUUCAAGAUGCGACAAUAUUUGAUAGCGAGAAAAUUAAAAUUAAUUCAAUACAAUUACUAAAAUUUAUUAAAACCGGUUCAAAUCAACUGAUGCUUCUAGUUAUAUUAAAAUGCAUUUAAAAGUUGAGUUUGUUAGGUGGAAAGUGUGGGAUAUAUUAUGGACGUUAUAGACAAAUUAAGUAAUGGAUAAAGACGUAUUCAAUUAUACAUAGGACUAAUAUGAUAAUAGUUUAUUUAUUUAUGGAAAGAACAAUUGUAAUUGCUCAUGUAUACUAGCUGUAUAUUAUUUAAACUAUGUAUGUAUACAUACGUGCGUUAAAACAAAUAAACAUAGUAAAAGGCAAAUGUCAU